CUCAGCCCACCUCAAGCCCAUCCCACCACGGCACCACCCCUUUGCGAGCUGCCUGCAAUUUGCGAUGAAAUGGAAGCAGUGAAGAAAGAGGUCCAAGAGACGAAUUUGUGAGCUGCGACGAAGACACGAACACCCGGCACCAGCCGACCUGCGUCGUCCGUCAUCCCUCUCCGGCUCUACUCUCCGAAUCCGCGCCUGUGACCUGCGGUUCUGCCUCCAGCUCCAGGUGAGAAGAAGCUGAUUCUACUGCACCAAGGAGCACUUUGAAGCAGAAUUACUUUGGAAGGUGUUUGGAUCUGAUUAAAAAACUUCUGUUAAAAUAGGCGUAGAAUCAGUUUGGUAGAAGCUGGGUACUACCAGCUUCUGAAAAUCAGCUUCUGAUUCUACCAAAUUCUAUUCCUAAAAUAUCCUUCGUAACUCUCGCUAAGCCCAAAUCAGCGACAAACCCUUUAGGCAUUGUCUACCCUCCAGAGCUUCUCUUCUCCAUCGUCUCUGUGGCUCUGUGCGACAUACCCGGCCGGCGCUUGGGGUUCUCCUGCGAGAGCUUCUCCGACAAUUGUCUCCAGGCGACGCAACCCUUUGGGUCGGGGCUUGGCUUCUCCAGCGACGGUUUCUCCAACCUUCAUCUCUCGGCUUCAAUUUCAAGAUUGCCGAAAUGCGGAGGUAUUCUGUCCUACCUUUGUUAGCAAAACGGCCAUUCAGUACAUCUUCUGGUGGUGAUAAAGUUGUAGCAUCUGUCCUCUUUGAGAGGCUUCCAGUUGUGGUUCCCAAGAUCGAUCCCAUUGUUUACGCUUUUCAAGAGUUUUCGUUCCGAUGGAGGCAACAAUAUAGAAGAGAGUAUCCUGAGAAAUUAUUGAAAAGGGCCGAGUCCAGAGGAAAAGGCGAAUACCAUAUUGACUAUACACCAGCUCCUCGGAUCACUGAGGCUGAUAAAAGUAAUGACAAAAAGUCGUUGAACAGAGCACUUGACAGAAGGCUCUAUCUUCUCCUGCACGGGAAGACACUUUCUAGUGGGAAGCCUGUUUGGCAUUUCCCAGAAAAAGCAUAUGAAUCAGAAGAGACUCUCCGCAGGUGUGCGGAGUCAGCAUUAAAAUCUGUGAUUGGAGACCUCUCUCACACUUAUUUUGUCGGCAAUGCUCCAAUGGGACAUAUGGUUACACAGCUUGGUGAGAAUGAUAAUGAGCCAGUACAACCAUGUCUAAAGCGCUACUUCUUCAAAUCGCAAGUGAUCGCGGCUAACAAGUUUGAUGUUCACAAGUGUGAUGAUUAUGUGUGGGUGACAAAGGAUGAGUUGCUAGAGUACUUUCCAGAACAAGCGCAGUUUCUGAACAAGAUGAUCAUCAGCUGAUGUUUUGAUUACCUAUAAAAUUUGAGUGGCGGAAGAGAACAGUUAUGAUUGUGCCUUAAUAUUGGUGGCUUUUAUGGACGUUGCUGAACAUGGAUUAGCCGUAACAACCAUCUUGGCUUUCUAUUGAUCCUUGACAAGGUGGAUUUGUUUUCAGUUAUUGGGUAGUGGUCAAUUUAAUGGUACCCUGACCAAAUCAAACAAACUGAGCAAGUCCUCACUCAGAAAGUAAGGCUUUUGGGAGGUUGAUUUUUAUGUUACUCAAAUCGAUUUUGAAGGCUAUUUGGAUAGCGAUUGUUUACCUCAUUUCAUUUUUUUCCUCUUUAGCAGCAGCUAUAAGCCUAUAAAGGUGUCAUAAAUGCAAUUCGUGAUGGAUUAAUUAUAGAAUAUUUUGUUAAUCGUUUUUGUGGAUUUUGGUGUUCCAAACCAGCUUUUGACAAGGGGUUGGUCCGAGCUGGUACCAGUUUGUUUCCGGGCUUGUAGACUAUCUUCCAAAAAAGUAUUCGUUUUCUGUUUGUAUUUUGGAAGAAUUGUAACCACAUUGGACUGAUUCUGGUCCGGACAAAAAAACGGACACAUGUAUUUUACCCGCCCAGUUUUGC